AUGUUCGGGGUGCCGCCGAGCACUCUAUCACGAACGCUGCGCAGGGCAGAGGAAGCGCUGUCGCUAGCGCUGACUGGCUACGCACCUGCACGCAUCUCCUGGCCCUCUCCCUUGCGUCAGGCGGAGCUGGCACGCAUGGUCAACAAGCGCGAACCGCUGCUGACCCACACGUUCGGGUUCAUCGACGGUAAAAACUUACGUGUCCAGCAGCCCUGUAACGCUGGCCUACAAAAUGCCAUGUACAAUGGCUGGCUACACUCGGUCUUCGUGACCGGUACGAUUUGUUUUGCCGCUGACGGCUGCAUCAUUUGGUCGAAGCACAACUGUCCGGGGUCGUGGAACGACUCGGACACGUCCUUGGAGUUCCGCAACAAGCUCACGGACCCCCAGUUGUGCCCCGACGAACGCAUGAAUGUAGUGUCGGACUCUGCAUUUCCCUGCUCUACAGCCAUGACAGGGAAGAUCCUGACCCCCUUGAAGGACGGGGACAUCGAGCGCAUUGAGCCUUGCCUCCGCAGCGCCGCACGCACACUGCACAAUGCGAUCACCUCCAUUCGACAGGCUGCCGAAUGGGGAAUGGGCAGUGUCCAGAAAGUUUACAGUCGCCUCAAUUUGCCGCUGCCCUACGACCCGGAUCUACGAGGAAUGCGACUCAACAACCUAUUCAGGAUGGUGAACUACAGAGUUCGCGCGGUUGGCAUCUCCGAGAUCAAGACCACGUUCGCGGGCGUCAUGGAGAUGCCAAACCAAGACAUGUUCGAAUCUCUAUGA